GUGGUCUAUAAAUGUCAUACUUUAGGACCUAAUCACACGAACAUUUGUACAAUGGGGUACGUUAUCGAUAGACCAUUGGCUAUACUAGAACCACCCUUUGUGAUUGAGAACUCACACACACUUCUAAAUUUAUUUUGAGGCGUAUUUUCCCGACUCCAAAACAACUUUGAUCUCUCAAAGACCAAAAACAAUCAAUACUAAUCAUUUGUAACCAGGUUACUAAAUACUACCCGAUGACAGUGGAACAAUAGCAUUCUACCAAACUACAUUGAUUUGAACUUAGCCCCAGAGGGGAACUUAGUCUGAUUGGUCGAGGGCUGGCUCUGAGAAAACCACGUCACAUCACGUCGGAGACAAACUUUCCACUCCAGGUCCUAUCCGACAAAAUUGCAAGCUGAAUACCCACUUAUUAUCACUCCUGCUUGAGGGGCUGACGAGCUUUGGACCCUGAAUCAUCACACAGUGCUCAAACUCGCACUAUUGGUAGUGUACUUAUUACCCUUGCUCUUCGACGUUACAUGCUUAACUGACAGUUACAACGUUAUCUUGGCCAAAUUAAUAGUCAUUGUUGCUCACUUGCGCCCCGCGGGGCUUUCUGAGCCGGGCUUAUACAUUUUAUCUUAUCUAGAUGGCAAAUUAUCUAUAAAUACGGGCCAAGCGAUACUAUAACCUACUACUCAAUAUCUACAUCCUUUCCUCGAAGAUUUUUUGGUGGUACACAGUCAGCCUGUGCUUCAGAGAGACACAAAUAUGAAAGCUAUCAUCUACACAGGCGACAGAAAGGUCACGGUCGAAGACCGCCCAAAACCAGUCAUUUUGGAACCCACUGACGCUAUCGUAAAGGUCCUACAUACCACAAUAUGCGGAACAGAUCUUCACAUUCUUCAAGGCCACGUCCCUUCAUGCACUCCGGGCCGUAUUAUCGGUCACGAAGGAGUUGGCGUCAUUGAAUCUCUCGGUGUAGCUGUCAGGAAUUUCACCGUUGGCCAGAAAGUUCUUAUUUCCUGUAUUACGUCUUGCGGGACCUGCCAUUACUGUCGUAGGAAGAUGCCGUCUCAAUGUGAAUCCGGUGGUUGGAUUCUUGGAAAUUGUAUUGAUGGCACACAGGCCGAGUACGUCCGCAUUCCUCAUGCCCCAUUCUCGCUGCAUGCGCUGCCGGAGAGCAUCGACCCGAAAGUCGCUGUUACUCUGUCAGAUACGGUCCCGACUUCUUAUGAGUGUGGUGUUCUGAAUGGUGAUAUUCAACCCGGGUCAACCAUCGCGAUCAUAGGGACUGGUCCGAUUGGAUUGAUGAUCCUCCAGAUGGCUAGGAAUCUGUUCGGUCCGUCAAUGACGGUGAUGGUGGGAAGGGGUAAUCCCAGGCUCGAGAUGGCCAAGUCUAUGGGUGCGGAUCAUACGUUCAGUGUUCUCGAAGGACAGGAUGCUGUUAUUACUUCAGCUCUAGCAGUAACCAAGGGUAGAGGGUUCGACGUGGUAAUUGAAGCCGUGGGUACCGUUGAAUCUUUCGGGAUUGCGCAAGCUCUGAUAGGCGCUGGGGGAACCAUCGCUAGCCUGGGUGUCUUCGGCGAAUCAUGCGAGCUUCACCUGGAAAAGCUAUGGAAUCGCAAUAUCUGUUUAAGGACUCGACUUAUUGAUGCUAUUAGCACACCUGAUUUGCUCAAGAUGGUGGAGUCAGGUAGCAUUGAUCCUCAUUUUUUGGUCUCGCACAAUUUCGCAUUCAACAAUAUCCACGACGCCUACGAGGCGUUUGAGUUAUCUUCGAAACAUGGCUCCUUGAAGGUGAUAAUCACCAUGCCUGAGCUUUUUACGAAUGGUUCUUCAUAGUUGCUUUUUACUGCUCAUCGUCUUACUACAGAAGAUGACCAGAAUUACUCGUAUAUCCAUAAACUUUCUGUUUAGAAAAUAACAUCGCUCUCCCGAAUGCUUCCUAAACAUAUGAUUAUGUUUGGGAAGCAUUCGGAUUGACUUAUUCCAUUUGUUUGACCUGAUUAUUAGUCAAGUACGCUUUGAAAUGGUGGAAAUGUUCAUCAAAUAACUUAUGAAUUAUUUUAUGAAAAAAAGAAGGUUGAAUUCCGAUUUGAUGCAAAGAAAAUUAAACUGAUUUUUUGUGUUCUUUCAUUUCAGAAUCUCAAACAGAAUUUAAAUUAAAUUGUAAGGAAGUAAUAACCACUGAGAGUAUAAAUCACUAGGUAUAGUUUCGGUGGAGUUAGUUGUAUUGUGAAGAUUUAUAUGAGAGAGCUCUAAAUAAGCAUUUUUAUGCUUGAUCAGCUGCCGAUUGACGACUUUCAACAAAAAAUAUAGAAGCAAUAAUCA